AUGGGGGCAAAGACGCAGCCGCCUAUCAAUAUUGACGACCUCCUGUACAAGACGUACCACAUCAUGGCGCUGACGAGCGUGCAUUUCGCGACUGUUCGGUGUCGACACCAACACAGUUGCCUUAGGAAGAUGAUGUCGUCGACGUCCGCACGGCCCAGGACUCUGGUUGAGUCUGAGGGUUAUAUGAGGCGCCCCGACUCCCUAAAAUGGAAGGAUAUCGAGCUUUACAUGGUGAAGCACCCGGAGAACCUGGCAUGUCAGACGCUUCUUAUGAGGGUUAAGCACCGGCUUAACAAAGGCAAAAGAAACAAGGGUGUCGCCCCGGUCUUUACGUAUACCGAAAGGAAUGACAACCUUGGACUAUGUGUCAUUCAAGAUAUCUUGGAAUUUGCCUUUCGCGAUGAUGCCUUUGCUAGCCAGUAUAUCAAGAAGCCGAGGGAUAUCUGGCGCUACACCCACGUGCCAAACCACCGACUCAGCACCCCUAUUCAUUUCAAGGAGGAAGUCCAAGAGAUCCCGGUAUUUCGUCGUGCGAUAAAGGAUGCAGAAGGGCGGUGGAUUACACAUCCAACAAGUGGCUUGCCCUAUAAAAAGCUCCAGGAAGAUGAAGUGGCUACAAGCAAGUCAGACGGAUCCAAGGACCCCGGUUCUUUAUAUAAAUAUCGCAAAGGGGCUGCUGCAAACUUCAGGCACUUGGAUGAACACUCCAGAAAUGUUAUCAUGGGCCAUAGCCGGAGCCACACAUUUGCGUACUAUGUUCAGGUCCAAGACGACACCCAAUCUGCCUUUAUGGACGCGUCUGUGCCGCAACACUUGAGUGAUGAGAAGAAACAAGAGAUCGAGCAACUCACUGAGCUCACUGAACUGAAGCGCAAGCGGGACCAACUCCGGCGCGAUUUGAUCGCACAGUACCAUCAGCUGCACAAGGCUCGAGGGACCACGCUAUACUCCGAAUUUGAAAGGGCCCAGAGUCAGGUGAGAGCGAGAAGAAAGAAGUUACAUAAAGCUGCCAAAGAUGAGCAGCAUGACAAUUUCUUCAAGCAUGUCGGAAACCGCAUCGUCGAGGGAAACUACAAGGGACAACCCCUUACCUUCGAGCCCGACGUAUCCCAUGUUGUUCCGGAGAGGAAAGCUCUUGCUGACCUUGAAUUCAAGAAUCGGGAUGUGGAUAAGAUCAGUGACGCCGAGCUGCUUGAGGAUCGUAUCCGCUCCCUUGAGAUGCGACUGGCCCUCUAUCACCUGGAGGUACCGAAAACACUGCAGAAACGCAUCAAUUUUCGUGAACCUUCGCCUGAAAUGGCCAUAUGUCCGGAAAUAUCAGAUAGCCUUCCGCUUGAGAGCAAAAGUGGACUUGAGUGUCCAGUAUGCCUUGGUCGUCCUGGCUUGCAUUCGCGCGCAAGACGGUACAUCUAUGCCCGGAAAGAUACGCUGCAGAGGCACUUCGAAACGCACAACUUGAAACAGAAAUUUCCAAAAGGGCGUACAUGUGAUUAUCCCGGAUGCGAGGAGGUCUUCUACGCCCUCUCCAAGUAUAAGCUUCACUUGGAUAUGGUACACAAGAUUUCUCUAUAG